AUGGAGCCGUGGGGAUGGGGUUAUUUACCCUGUUUAUUAGCUGUAUUGGUGUUGUGUAGUGUCACCUUGACCUGGGAUGCACCUCUAUUUGCUCCAUAUCGUGAACACUAUGUUUCGCAGGCGCAUUUUCAAGGUGUCGAUGUGUUUACUGGAGCACUUCAUUCUCCUGUUGGACCUGAACAGUUUAUGGAACACUUUUACGUGUGCUACGGACGAGAUGGAAGAAAAACCUACUUCAAAAAACAAGACCAAAACUAUUUCUCAAACAGAAGGUUUUGGGUCAUAAGUUCCGGGGGAAAAUUCGUGGCCUCUAUGAGGACUUGCUAG